CCGAGGUGGCGCGCCGGUCAAGGCUUGAUCUGGAAGAGGAGUUCCGCCCUGGAGGGGGCGGGACUUGGCGCUGGCGUCAUGGGGCGGCCCCGCCCCUCCCGUCGAGGCGCGGGCGCGGGCGCGGGCGCGGAUGGCGCCAUCUUACCGGGCCGCGGGAGGGGUCACAGGUCAUUGCCGGCGUCUCGCAGCGAAAGAAGGAAAACGAAGUGGGUGAUCCUGUCCGGACGGGUGGUGGCUUUUCCUCUGGGUACAUUUCCCCAAGAGGAAAAUGGAUUCUGGAACUCGCCCAGUUGGUGGCUGUUGUAACAGCCCUGCAGGGCUCUCACGGGAGUACAAACUAGUGAUGCUGGGUGCUGGUGGUGUAGGGAAAAGUGCCAUGACCAUGCAGUUCAUCAGCCACCGAUUCCCAGAAGAUCAUGACCCCACCAUAGAAGAUGCUUAUAAAAUCCGGAUCCGUAUUGAUGAUGAGCCUGCCAAUCUGGACAUUUUGGAUACAGCUGGACAGGCAGAAUUUACAGCCAUGCGGGAUCAGUAUAUGAGGGCAGGAGAAGGGUUUAUCAUCUGUUAUUCUAUCACGGAUCGUCGAAGUUUCCAUGAAGUUCGGGAAUUUAAACAGCUUAUUUAUCGAGUUCGACGUACUGAUGAUACACCUGUGGUUCUUGUGGGAAACAAGUCUGACCUGAAACAGCUAAGACAGGUUACCAAAGAAGAAGGAUUGGCUUUGGCCCGAGAAUUCAGCUGUCCCUUUUUUGAGACAUCUGCUGCCUACCGUUACUACAUUGAUGAUGUGUUCCAUGCCCUUGUACGGGAGAUACGUAGGAAAGAAAAGGAGGCAGUACUAGCCAUGGAGAAAAAAUCUAAACCCAAAAGCAGUGUAUGGAAGAGGCUAAAAUCACCAUUCCGGAAGAAGAAAGAUUCAGUAACUUGAAGGGAAGAUAGGAAAUGUUUACCUCUGAACUGCAGUGCUUUAUCAAAGCAGUCCAGUAACCUGCCUUAGUGAGCAUGGUGCUUGCUCUUUGUCCUGUUAUGACUGUUAUUUUUAAAGUAACUGAUGAGGAGGACAUGCCUACUAGGAGUUUUCAAUGAUGUGGUAUUUAAAGUAUUGUCUCUUAGUUAAUUCUGAUUUUUUAACUCAGUGGAGCAUUGUCUACUUUUAAAUUGUCACGUUAGAAUUUGACCUACCAAUGUUUUGAGUACCAUUGCUGAUAUUAAUUGAUUAAUGUAAGUUGUUUAUACUCAGAGGAAUGUGUAUACCAUUUGUGUUUGACUAAGCUCACAAGAGAAAUUUUUACUGUGCACAAUCCACAUUAUCUUUCAACUUCAGUUUUCUGGGACUGUUCAGAGAAAGACCUCAGUCUUCUAUUUACACUGUGCUUCCUCAAGACAGAGAAGAGAUCAUACAGAGAAACUUGAAGAGAUCAGUGCUAAGGUUCAGCAAAUAGCAAGGAGCUGACUCCUGUUGCAGAUUAUGAAGUGAUGAGAUUUAGGAAAUCAGGCCAUAUGUUUGUAGGGACUUGGCUAGAAAAAGAUAGGAUCAAAACAGUGUACCCUUUAGGAGCCUGGCUUUUCUAAGAGGCACACAUUUAACCCAAGAGCAAAAGAAUGGGCAAGCACAAAUACAAGCAUAUAAAAUGCAAUGAAAGGUUCUCCUAUGAGAUUAUUUUACUCUUCCUUUCAGGAUUUUGCCUAGUUUUUACAACUUCAAAGGUAAACACUUGGGAACCAUUACUGAUUACUAAAUCUCGUUUAAUCUAAAUCUUGGCUAGGGCAGCCGUUUCCUUAUACAAGUUUAUUUUUCCCCUAGAGACACACACAGCAGUGCAUUUACAUUAAUUGCUUCCUAGUUCUUUCCCUUAGUUUCACUGUGCUCUUGAAAAGAGCUAGGCCUGGCAAAAUGCUGUUUAGGCCCUCUCAGACUGACUGCAUUUUCCAUACAGAAGAAACUUCAGGAGCUUUGAGUAAAAUUGUGUAUGUGCCUCCUUGACAUCACAACCACUAAACUCAGUGCUCUAAGAAAGCCUGUGGUAUUUCUAUGUAAUGGGUCAGUCUUUAAGCUUUAUUAAACACAUAUGUUGAGUUUCCCAUCUGAAGAUUCCUUUACCAGGACCUUGCUAAGUUCACCUCAGGUUUGUUUGAGCCUUGACAAAGCUUAGCCUAAGAGAAUCCCACUUUGCUUCCUGUGCAUAGUGAGAAACUAUAGUCCUAGGGAGAAACAGCUUUAAACACUGCUGGUGAAUUCCCUGUUUUGGAAUCAGGAUUAUUUUGAUAUCUGAACUUGGUAUGUGAGGAGUUAAAGGCAAAAGUUCUGAGAGUAAUAUAUCACAUAUUGAACAUUAAAUGAGACUGAAGCAGUGUUUGUGUCCAUUUUAAAAAGAGGACUUUGUGUAGCACCUCUUCAAAAGUGCAUAGCUCAUCUUACUAUUUUCACCUUUCAUUAGAGUCUGAAGGAGAACAGGGUUGUUGUAUAUCUCAUAACUAAUGAUAUUUGUUGUGGGUUUAAAGAAAAGUGAACAUUGUAAUUCUUAAAUCUCUGGGUGGUAGUCUUUUUUAAAACUCCCAGGAAAGGUUUUUGCUACCAAACAAAUGCUUUAUAAUACUCAAGCCAUCCAAAAGUUGAAAGACUUAGAAUUUGAAUCUGUUCAGGACAAAAAUCUUAUAGGAGCCUUAGCACUUUGGAGAAGCAUGAAGGUUGAAAAGAAAUACAGUAUAAUUCUAACAGUAUUUCAACCACAUUUGAACUAGUUUAGAGCCUUUUAAGUUUAAUGCCUUAGCUUCUCAUUACUAAUAAUAACCUAGGGAAGUGUUAGUAGCAUCAAGCAAGAAACUGACCACUAUAUAAUUAAAGAUGUCAAGGCAGCAGGAAACGUUGCCAGAAAGAAAGAUCUUUAAGAGAGGAGGAGAUUUGUACUGUAUAAAAUUAAAAAUAGUGAAUUAGUGUUUCUAAGACUAUCACUGUCAUAUAUUUGAUCCUUAGAUGAAUUAGUCCAUCAGUUAGUUUUGAGAAUUCUGUAUAUGGUGCCAAGUAGGUUGAGGGGUAUAAUAUGUGUAACUCAUAUUUCUAUUCUUUGUGGUCAUACAAUGUAGGCAAUUUCUAAGAUCUAAAUAAUCAGCUUUAUCCUAAUUUGAGGGCAUUAAAGUCAGUUACUGCAUGGAACUUUGAAAAGAGAGAAAUUCAGGGACAACUCAAAAGGCACUGGAACUGUUCGCGUCCGUAUCAAUCAAGUUACAAGAUCUAGAGGCUUAAGGUAGUGCCUAACGUUAGCUGUUUAGAAUUCACAAAUGGAUAUAUGUUUUAAUUUGGUGACAUAUGAGCAAAAAUUGGUCUACUGUGAUAUUUGGGAGACGGAGGUUUUAAUUAUGCACUUGUAUAUGAAGACAGUUUUUAUGACACAAUACAAAAAUUUUGAACAACUUGUUGGGCUUUUCCUUCACUAAACUAGGAGUGGAUAGAAAUGCUUGGAAUCAUUGAAAAAUGGUCAUUUUAAGGAAAAAAAAAUGAAUACCAUGAGACUUCAUAUUCUGGGAAAUACUGAUUCAAAAAAAUUUUGAGUGCCCAUCUUGUACAGAACACCAGUGUCAGGUGCUAGGGUGAAUGCCAAAGAAAGCCUCUUCAUUCAAAGAGAUAAUCUCUUGGGUAGGGAGACGGGAAAAACACCUAUUGAAGAAGAGUAUUUGUCACCUGAUAAAGAGUUAAAAUUGUUUCAAGUAUGUAUACUGAAUGUGAGAGAAUGAGGAGUAGUUUUUUAUGUGAAGGAUCAUUGCUUAUCUCCACUCAAAAUGGGCAUCAAUGUUGAUAGAACUUAGUUUGGCCUUUAAAGGAAUGUAUUUUUGUGUCCUCUUUACUUGACAUUUAUUGAAUGGAAAAGUGUCUUGUCCAUUGUUGAAACCGGGUUAAUGGAGGAGGUGGCAUUCCAUUUUCUAGUGUGACCUCUUAGGAUAGGCAGCUGAAUUACAAAGUAUUAGUCUCUUCUGUGAACUAAGUAUUGUUUUAAGAGCUGUGAGGGAUUCAGAGGAAUAUAAAACAUGAUCCUUGUGCUGGAGAUUAGACAAUUUGCAUAUGCACAACAACUAGAGAUCAAUCUUAAAAGCAGUGGAUGAUGUUGUUCAAGCUGGGAAUGUUAGGAAUUCAGAGAAGAGAGGAAUUAGGAUGACCUAUAGCAGAUCAGAGGAGCCUACUAAUGGAAGGGCUAAUGAAAGAGGAAGCAAAUUGAAUUUAACUGGAACAGAAUAAUAAACAGAUAAGGUUAAAGAGA